AUGGCAGGCGCCGCUCCUAUUGACAUCACCACUCGACAGUCGACCUCGGUCUCACCACCGGGGCAACAGGCCUCGAACCUCACUUCGGCACUCCAGAGAGCUGGUACUGGUGAGCGCACAGGUAGUAUAUCGCAUCACCCUAGCGGUGGGCUCGGAAUGUUCAAGGCCCCGCCGCCUCGCAAGGACUCGAUCGGUGCCGCUAAUGUACAAUGGGGAAACGGGACGAAGCCGAUCUCGAUGACGGGGUCUGCCCGCGACAAAGGCCGGCGGGAAUCUCUCGCGGGAAGCUUGGUGGGCGGUAUGAGCUGGGGUGGUGUGUCUGUAGGAAGCUGGAUUCGCGAUGAUAUCAUCAUGACCGGCACCUCUCCAUUUACCUUCCAGUCGCCUUCUUUCCAUUCAUCCUCAUAUCUGCCGAAGUUGGAGGCCAACUUCAUGCGGGACUUUUCCUGCUGCGGUGUGACCUUACCGACGCUUCAUGACCUAUUACAACACUACGAAGAAGCCCAUGCGACCAAGUCGCCCAAUCAAGGACAUCGCCCGAGCCAAGGUGAAAACCGGGCUGCUUUGGCGGCUGCCGCGAUCGCACAGCAACAGAGCCAGCAACAUGCUGUUUUCCCCCAGUUACGCGAAGGUGGCCAAGGCGGAUUUGGAAACUCCAACCAGGGCCCCCAAUUAAAUCUGGGCAUGCUUCCUAGUCAUCAGGGCUUCAACACCCCUUCUCAGCCUGGUACCCCGAUCGGCUCUGGACAUCCACUUUCCCUAUCGAACAAUCCUACCGUUUCCUCUGUCAAUACCCCGACUCUGAUGGCCAAUCCGCUUCAGAACUCCCAGUUCCGGAAUACCCCCGAUUCUUCUGGGCCCGGAACGCCGGCUGAGAUCGAUGAGAGCGUGGUAGGCGGAUUUGGCGAUCUCACUAUGCAGCAGAAUGCGAUGGGCCAGAACCAGGUUCAAUAUGGACGCUACCCUGGUAAUAAUGAUAUGCUUGAUCUGUGCAUCGACGAACCUGCCAAGCGGCUGUUCAGCCCAAAUGGUGGGAUGGGUACUCCCAAUGCCCACUUCAAGCUCAGUGGAGCUCAAUAUGGUCCCAACAGUGAUAUUGCUCGGCGGAUUCGGGAACAGCAGCUUCUGGCUGGUGUUCCUGAUACCACGGCUAUUCUCCCUAAUGAAGAGCCCAAGCCGUUCCGCUGCCCUGUUAUUGGCUGUGAGAAGGCAUAUAAGAACCAGAAUGGUCUCAAAUAUCACAAGGCUCACGGUCACAAUAAUCAACAGCUCCACGAUAACGCUGACGGAACCUUUUCGAUCGUCAAUCCGGAGACUUCAACACCUUACCCCGGCACCUUGGGCAUGGAGAAAGAGAAGCCGUAUCGCUGUGAAGUGUGCGGCAAGCGCUAUAAGAACCUCAACGGCCUCAAGUAUCACAAAUCGCACUCGCCCCCUUGCAACCCGGAUUUCCAGCUUGCAGCAGGCCGCAACCUGAAUCUCGGCGGUGGCGUCAUGCAGGGACAGAACAUUAACGUUGCAGGAGCUGGCCUCCCCGGAAUCGGCGAGGAGGGCCUCUUGUAA